AUGACUACAAGGUCCACUUCUGAUAAGAUCGAUGUUGAAAUCGAAGAACAAGAACCUUCCACCCCAACUUUGCCUCUUAAAAAACCAUGGUACAAGACACCUUCUGCAUAUUGGUUAUUACCAAUGUUUGUAGUGAUAGCAAUGACAAGCGGGUUGGCCGUAGCAGUUGGAGUGCAAAUUUAUUUAAGUGCUGCGUGUUAUGAAUAUUAUUCACAAAAUGGGGAGGCUUCCAUUCCUUUAUCAUUCCAUGGUGCUAUUGAUGAAUGUAAUAAUGCUGAUGUGCAGGCAGUGACUGCGAAAUUUCUUGUCAAAGCAAAUUUUUGUACAGCGAUUCCAGGAUCAUUCAUAGACGGAGUAACAGGUGGAUUUUAUGCAUUAUCAGAAGCAAGCUAUGCAUAUGCAACAGAUUCUACUCAUCCCACACGAAGGAGUGUGAUUUUUGGAUGGAUACAAGGGACAAUGUUUGCAGGGUUUAUGGCGGGACCAACAUUAGGAGGAUUGUUGGUGAAGGCAACAAAUAGUUUACUUUCAGAAAAAUUGGCAUUGAAUGUGAAGCGUCAACAAGAGCAAUUUGCAAUAAACUGGACGGGAUUCAAAUCGAUUGAUUCUGUUCUCAGAUGGGUCUACGUUAUGUUUAGACCAUUGCUAUUAUUUCUUCCGAAUGGGAGACGACAACAAGAUAAUGAUAAUGAUAAAGUUCCUAUCGCUGCUCCAAAAUAUUCAUUCACACUAUUAGGAAUAGUAUACUCAUUGCUGUCAUCUUCUAUAAUGGCAAUGUCAACUGUAUAUGUAUUAUAUACGUCAUUAGUAUUUAAUUGGUCGUUACUAGACCAGGGUUAUUUUGUAUUCUUAAUGAGUGGAACAAAAGUAUUUGUUUUAUUUGUUUUGUAUCCAUUAAUAGUGAAAUUCAAAAAACCGAUACUUGGAUUAACAUCAAAAUUCAAGGUAAAAAUCCUUGCAUUAAUAACUCCUUCAAAAAAUACAAAAAAUAGCAGCACAGAAGAGAAAAUAGUUGUUAAAGAUGACAACGGUAUGGAUGUUGAGAUUUGUACGGAUAAUGUGGAUGAUAAAGAUGACGAGAAACUGAUGAGAAAUGAGCUAAUAUUCGAAGUCCGAUUAAUCAAAUUGAUAUUCUUCAUUGAUGCUCUAGCUCACGUUGCAUAUGGCCUAUCAACAUCUAGUGCAGCAUUUAACGCCGUAACAGUGAUAGCUUCUUUGGGUAUAAUAACUACUCCUGCAAUAAAGUCGUUGCAGACAAAUCUAAUAUCUCCAUCUCAAAUCGGACAAUUAUUAGGCGGAAUAAGUGUAAUAGAUUCAAUUCUUCGUAUAUUUGUUCCACCACUAUUUGAUUUUUUAUAUUCUGUAUUAGUGAAAACUCAACCUAAUGUAAUAUGGCAUUGCAUCUCGAUCUUAUUAUUUAUUGCAUUUUUUGUUUCAUUUGGCAUACGCCCUGCUAAAUAA